UUGCCGGCUUGCUGCAGCUCAAAUUUCCAAACUCUUAGAGCCAUAACUGCCUGGUUAUGAAUUAUGAUCAUGGGGAAGAUUUUUCUCAUCGCUAUUGUUACCAUGUUAUGCUUAUGCAUGCCAUGGCUCGCCUCAGCUUAUUCCUCCAACCUUACUGAUCAAUCCGCUCUUCUAGCCUUCAAAGCCCGGACCUUGAUGUUUGAUCCACACAACCUCUUGGCUGAUAAUUGGACUACCAACUCCUCCUUCUGUGAUUGGAUAGGUGUUUCUUGCAGCCACCGCAGACAAAGAGUCACCGCCUUAAAACUUGCCAACAUGGGCAUCGGAGGCGUCAUUGAGCCACGUCUCUGCAACCUCUCCUUCCUCGCAGAACUUGACCUCAGAAACAAUAGUUUCCAUGGACACUUGCCAUAUGCACUUGGCAAGUUGGCUCGACUGAGACGAAUCGACUUGUCAUGGAAUCAGUUGGAUGGAAUGAUUCCACCCAGCUUAUCAAACUGCCGGAAGCUUGAAGAAAUUUCACUCUCAGUCAACCAGUUAACUGGUGGUAUCCCAAGAGAGAUUGGAAUGUUGAGUAAUCUUCGUUUAUUAGCUGUCACAAAUUGUAGUCUCAAUGGCACCAUCCCACCUUCCAUCGGCAAUUUAUCCUCGCUACAGGUGCUUGCAUUUCAGACCAACAAUUUACAAGGAAGUAUUCCGAGGGAGAUUGGAGGUCUUCAUAACUUGCAGGAAUUAUUUCUGAAUCAUAACCAACUAACGGGUACUAUUCCUUCUACCAUAUUGAACAUCUCUACUCUGCAGUAUUUGGUUCUCACAAACAACAGCAUCUCUGGUAGUCUUCCGAUGAAUAUUGGGUAUGGCCUUCCGAACCUUAGAGGCCUUUAUCUUAGUAUGAAUCAAUUCAGCGGCCAGAUUCCAUCUAGUUUAGGGCAGUGUGGAAGGCUUGAAGAUCUAGCAUUGUAUGUCAACAAGUUCACUGGCAGCCUGCCCGGAGAAAUUGGGAACCUGUCAAACCUAAGGCGCCUAGCUGUCUUCAAAAAUUUGUUGGCAGGUACUAUUCCUUCGUCUAUAGGUAACCUUUCAAAUUUGAUGACGAUUGACUUGGGUGAAAACUACAUAAUUGGGGAAAUUCCACGAGAACUUGGUUAUCUACAAAAUCUCCAAUUCUUGAACUUUGAAGGGAAUAAUCUCACUGGGUCAAUACCAGAAGAGAUUUUUAACAUUUCAACUCUUAGAUUGCUUGCCCUAAAUGCUAACCGUCUUUCUGGGCAUCUUCCUUCAAACAUGGGACAUGUGCUUCAUCAACUUGAAGAAUUGGGCCUUAGUAAUAACAGCCUCACUGGGCCAAUACCUGAUUCAAUCUCCAAUGCUACCCAAUUAACUUUUUUGGACCUGGGUUGGAACUCCUUUAAGGGACCAGUGCCCACAUCGUUGGGGAAUCUACAACAACUCCGAGUUCUCAACUUGGUGCGUAACCAACUAACUAGUCAACCAGACACUCCGGAACUCGUUUUUCUCACCUCACUAACAAAUUGUAGGUCCUUAGAAUUUUUGAACAUAGGGUUCAAUUGGUUGAAUGGUAUCCUUCCAGAUUCUGUUGGGAAUUUAUCAGCUUCUCUUAACAUAUUUGCGGGAGAUGAGUGCCAAAUUAGGGGAAGUAUUCCCGCAGGGAUUGGGAACUUGAGCAAUUUAAUCACUUUACAUUUUCCUGGAAACAACAUUGGUGGGACCAUCCCGUCAACAAUACAAGGGUUAAAAAAGCUUCAGAGGUUAUACCUUGACGCAAACAAUCUGCAAGGAUCCAUACCAAACGAGAUCUGUAAUUUGACACAAUUAGGAGAACUGAGUCUUUCCAAAAAUAAGUUGUUUGGACAAAUACCAAAAUGCAUAGGGAAUCUCCGUCAGCUACAACAGCUCUUCAUGUCAUCCAAUAUGUUAACAUCUCCAAUACCUUUAAGUCUAUGGACUAUUCCAAAUCUCUUAUAUUUGAUCUUGUCAAAUAAUUCUUUGCAUGAGAGCCUACCUACAGCGGUGGGAAACUUGAAGACUUUAGUGCAAUUAGAUACAUCCGGGAAUCAGUUAUUUGGUAGCAUUCCAGGUACCAUUGGUGACCUCCAAACGCUAAAUUAUUUGAGCUUGUCACGAAAUUCAUUCCAAGGCCCUAUUCCAGAAACAUUGGGCAAGUUGUUGAGUUUGGAAAAUCUGGAUCUUUCUUUUAAUGAUCUAUCAGGCAACAUUCCCAAGCCGAUGGUGAAACUUCUGUUUCUCAGAUUUUUGAAUCUAUCACAUAAUAGGCUUGAAGGAGAAAUUCCAAGUGAAGGGCCCUUUGCAAACUUCACGGCAGAAUCAUUCCUGGCAAAUAAAGCACUUUGUGGCUCAUCAAAAUUUGGAGUCCCAACCUGUACCAUUUAUUCUGCAAAGGGAAAGACAAAAUUGCAUCUGCUUAAAUUUGUUCUUCUCACCAUUGUUUCCUCUGCAGUCAUUUUUGCUCUCUUGUUUCUGCUACUAAAACGUCGAAUGGGGAAGAAGAAUAUUCCCCAAAGUGUCGAUUCAUUGCAUGCAAUAGAGCAUAGAAUGGUUUCCUACUAUGAGCUACUUCAAGCAACAAACAACUUCCAUCAUGAAAACCUACUUGGAACAGGGAGUUUCAGUUCAGUAUACAAAGCUACAUUGUCUGAUGGAAUCAUUGUUGCUGUGAAAGUUUUGGAUCUGCAACAUGAAGGGGCAAUUAAGAGUUUUGAUGCAGAAUGUCAGGUGUUACGUAAUGUUCGUCAUAGAAACCUAGUCAAAAUAAUCAGCAGUUGCUCCAAUCUUGAUUUUAGAGCUUUGAUAAUGCAAUAUAUGCCACAGGGGAGCCUUGAAAGAUGGCUAUAUAGCCAUAUCUAUUUCUUGAAUCUCCUUCAGAGAAUAAACAUCAUGAUCGACGUUGCCUUAGCACUGGAGUAUCUACAUCAAAACCAAUCAGAGCCCGUGGUUCAUUGUGAUCUGAAGCCCAGUAAUGUCCUCCUCGAUGAAGACAUGAUAGCUCAUGUGGGUGACUUUGGCAUUGCAAAGGUAUUAAGUGCAAAUAAAUCUGUAGCACAAACCAAGACCCUGGGCAGCAUAGGGUACAUUGCACCUGAAUAUGGGUCUGAAGGAAGAGUUUCAACAAGCUGUGAUGUUUAUAGCUACGGGAUCAUGUUGAUGGAGACAUUUACAGGAAAGAAGCCUACAGAUGAAAUGUUUGUUGGAGAAUUAAGCCUAAGAAAAUGGGUACAAAUGUCUCUCCCAAAUGAAGUAAUGGAAGUCAUGGACAAAAAUCUUGUUAGCAGAGAAGAAAAUAAUGAUUCACCUAUGAGACAACGAAGUUUUGUAGCCAUUAUGGAAAUAAGUCUAGAUUGUUCAAGAGAAUUGCCUGAAGAGAGGCUUACCAUGAAAGAAGUUGCUGCAAAACUUGAUAAGAUCAGAAAGCAGUUUUUGGAGACUUCAAACAUUGAUGAGGCAUGUAACAACACUUAAAGUGUGAGUAUUAGUUACCACUUGGUUUAUGAUCAUCACUUUUGUAACACAUUGAAUAUUAAGUUUCACUUUGUGUGCUGUGUUAGAAAUAAAGUUGCUAAUAUGGCAGCAUCACAAGGUUAGGCAAAUGUAUAUCUAGUUGGUGACUUGGUGUAUUAUGCAAUGAUGUUAGGUUGCUUGAGUUGUCUGUUUAUAUUUAGAGAUUAGGUUUUUGGUUUCUUUGUGUCUAAUUGUUGUGGCUCUUUCUGUUUUGCUUGGUCUGUUGUUUUACAUUGGUUGU